GUUUAAAGUGUUCUCCACUGUACUUUUUUCAAUACUUAUAAAAUGGCAGCAGUUUUACGACUACCCGAGAGUGCGGCCAAGGAUGUCCUUCUAGUCUAUAAAUACACAAAAUCUCAAGGUGUUGCCAAACUUGAAACUGCCACUGAUAUUUCAUUGGAGGUGUCUGGUGAAAAGGUCGAUGGCAUUACAACCAUUUGCAAGUUCCUUGCUUCGAAAACCAAGCCUGAGCUUUUGGGCGAUGGCAAGGAAAACCAAGCUGAGGUUGAAGAAUGGUCUAACUGGGCUACCACUACUUUCAAGAGUGCGGCUUCUAAGGAAGUCCAUGCUGCCCUUCAGAAAUUGAACGGUCACUUGACUACCCGCACCUUCUUGGUCAGCAACCAGCUUUCCUUGGCUGAUUUAAUCGUAUUUGCUCAUGUCCACCAUGUCUCUAAAAACCUCAGAGUUACCACCACUCCCAACGUAUUGCGAUGGUUCGAUUUGAUCCAGAACGUCGUUAUCGUUAAGAACAACUUGGUCAACGACUUUGCUCCUUUAGAAGUCAAUUUGGAUGACGUUCCUGAGCCUGCUGCUCCUAAGGCAGAUAAGAAGAAGGGUGACAAGAAGGGCGAUAAGAAGGAAGCCGAAAAGAAGGAAGAAGGUGGCAAGAAGGAUAAGAAGGACAAGAAAGAGAAGAAGGAAAAGAAGGAAAAGAAGCCUGCCGAGCCUGCUGCUCCCGAACAGCCCGUCUUCACUCGACUCGAUAUCCGUGUUGGUUAUAUCCGCUCGUGCAAGAAGCACGAAGCUGCCGACGCUUUGUACGUUGAAGAAAUCGAUAUGGGUGAUGGUGAGGGAGUCUACCGUACCGUUGUUUCUGGUCUCGUCAAGUGGUAUCCUCUCGAAGAAAUGCAGAAUCGAUGGGUUAUUGUCAUGGCCAACUUGAAGCCUGCCAGCAUGCGUGGUAUCAAGUCUGAGGGUAUGGUUCUCUGCGCCACGGCUCCCGAUGGCAGCAAGGUCGAACUGUUGUCGCCUGUUGAUACCAGCAAGGUUAAGCCUGGUGACAGAAUCUACAUUGAAGGAUUGGAAGGCGAACCUGAGAAGGUGCUUCCUCCCAAGAAGAAAUACUUCGAGGCUGUCCAGCCCGACUUCAACACCAAGGAGGAUACGCUCGCUUACUACCAAGACAAGCCCUUCCUUAUCAAGACCGCUUCUGGCGAACCUGUCCAGUGCAAGGUCGCCACUGUCCAGGGCGGUGGUAUCAAAUAAAGUAAAUAAUAAGAAUAAAAUAAAAAAAGAAGCAAGUCGAUACUUUUUGUAUGAAAGAUUAUGUACAUUUCUCUCUCUCUCUAUCCCCUCAUUUGCGCUCCAUUAUAUAAAGUAACAUUUCAACUUGUUGUUAUUAAAUUUUUAAAGCGUAGUUUUGUUAAAAUA